CUGAUUUCCUGUUUUCGUUUACACAAGCAGAGCUCAAUUAUACUUUAACAGACACACGCAAAACAAGUUCGGUUUUAUAAAUGGCUUUACUCGUUAUACUAUGCUUUAUUGGUAAUAUUUUUUACUUGCAGGUUUCCGCUGUGCCGAUUAAUCAUGACUUCAAACACCUGCAAAAAUCAUGUAAAUUCUGGCAUAUCUCAGACCUGCACUUGGAUCCAACCUAUCAUGUCACAGAGGACCACACCAAAGUGUGUUUUUCCUCCAAGGGAUUUCCAGCACUGAACCCAGGAGUGUUUGGAGAUUUCCUAUGUGAUUCUCCAUACCAGCUUAUUCUCUCAGCAUUCAGUUAUAUGAAACAAGCAGACCUUCAACCUGAGUUCAUUAUCUGGACAGGAGACAGCCCUCCCCAUGUCCCUAAAGAAGAGCUGUCAACUGACAUAGUGAUCAGUGUCAUUUCCAAUAUGACUCACACCAUACGGCAGUUCUUCCCACAACUGAAAGUGUACCCUGCCCUGGGCAACCACGACUACUGGCCACAGGAUCAGUUACCCACAUCAGCAAAUCUGAUUUACGAUGCUGUAGCCAAACUCUGGUCACCAUGGUUAAACCCAGCAGCUGUAGCUACGUUGCAAAAAGGUGGCUUUUACUCCCUUGUGAUCAAACCUGGCCUUCGUCUUGUGAGUCUUAAUACAAAUCUGUACUAUAGUCCUAAUGAAGUGACAGUGAACAUGAGUGACCCUGCCGGGCAGUUCCAGUGGCUGCAGGAAACACUGGACUUAUCAAGACAGAACAUGGAGAAAGUCUAUGUAAUUGCUCACGUCCCCAUCGGCUACCUGCCUUAUUCUAAAAAUACAACAGCAAUUCGAGAAAGCCACAAUGAGCAGCUUGUGAAGAUAUUUCGCAACUACAGCGAUGUCAUUCAGGGUCAAUUCUAUGGUCACACUCAUCGAGACAGUAUAAUGGUUCUUCUGAAUCAUCAAGGGGAACCAGUGAACUCCAUAUUUGUCACACCUGCUGUCACGCCCAUCAAAAGUGUAUUUGAACCAUAUUCAAACAAUCCAGGCCUCCGUGCGUAUCUGUACAACCCACAGGAUUAUGGUUUACUGGAUAUUUGGCAGUUCUAUUUAAAUCUCACGGAAGCAAACCUGGAGAAGAAAUCAGAGUGGAAGUUGGAAUACAUUAUGACUGAGGCUUUUGAUAUCAGCGACAUUCAGCCCCAUAACUUGCAUGAACUUGCACUUAGGCUUGAGCAGCCACAGAGCAAAGCCUUUGAGAAGUAUUUCAACCAUUUUAUGGUGAGCUACGACUUAACUGCAGCGUGUGACGGGGAAUGCAAAAUGGUUCAGGUGUGUGCCGUGCACUUUUUAGAUCGAGAGGCCUACUCGCAGUGUAUUGCGAAAGCAGGCAGACAGACAGAUUGGGUUGAUGUAACAGUUCUGAAGUAGAUACUUCAUUUUACUGUUUUUGCAUUUGUUCAAGCUUUAAAAGAGCAUUUUUAAACUACUUAUUGCUUAAAGGAAAUCAGGGAACUUUUUUUAUUUUGAAGAAUAAUUAUACACAUGUGAAUCUCACAAAAACAUGUCCAGUUCACAACAAAAUCUAUAGAAAAGAAAUAGAAGUUAUAUUUUAUUGAAAUUACGUAUAUAUCAGGACCAUUUUAUUUUAUCAUAAUGCAAAAAUUCAUAGGUUUUAUUUUCUUUAAGCAAUUUUUAUUUUUUAUUAUUUCAUUUUUAUUUUAGGGUGAACUAUGACCCAGACAUGUUCUUGACAGUUUUCAAGAGAUUCACUGACAAAAACUGUUAUUUUAUUCAAUGCACAUUACAAAAUGUAAUUUCUUUAAAUAACUCUAAUGCAUUUUUAUACUUGAUUGUAUCUGAAGUUGCUCAUUAUAAUACAUAAAAACUCUAAAAAUGUAAUAUUUUUUGAUCAAACCUGUUUUUCAUAGUUUCAAAUAAGUUGCUGCUAAAAGUGACAAAUUACCAAUUCUUUGAUUUAACUGGGCUAGUUAUCUGUGUAAAUUAAUUUUGAUUAACUUGCACAAUAAAAUCAAAAUUAAGUUGACCGCUGU